AUGUCUGAAUCCGGAUACUUUGACUGUUAUUUUUACUAUAAAAUGUUUUUGUAUCCAAAAGACACAAUAAUGUACCAUACAGUCAUGGAUGACUUGAAUUCUUUCCAGCAAGAAGAAGUUAAGCAUAAUGGUGCUCCGUUCUCUAAAUACGUUGAAUUUGCUGAAAAUGAGGAAUCUUUACUUGAUCUUGCGGCCAAAUUCGGAAGUGUCAACAUCUUCAAGUAUUUGGUGAUGUCACAUCCCGAAAUUCCUAUGUCAUCUCAGACAUUUAACUCAGCUGUUCAAGGAGGCAACUUAGAGAUCAUUAGAUAUACAAUGCAAUACACAAAAACAUCAUCAGUGUCCUUAAACAAGGCUGUCAAGUUCAAUAACAUUGAAUUGGUCGAUUGGAUGAUUAAUGAAUAUCAAACUCUUCCAAGUAUCUAUGUAACAAUGAUCAAUGUAACGAGAUUUUUCUUCCCAUUACUAGAUAGGAUGAAAUACAGCCCAAUUCGUGAACAACAAUUUGCAAUUGAAGCCGCAUUAACAAAUGGCCAUGAAGAACUUGCUCUUUACAUAUUAAAGAAGUUCGGAAAUGGAAAGAUGGACUUCAAAUCUAUUAUUAAUCUGAUGAUUGAUAGAGAUUACGAUGAAUUUAUCAAAUUCUUUUUGGAAUUACCAUAUAUCACCAAAAAGAAAGAUAUCAGAUCAAUAAUUGACAAUUUUAUUAUUGCAAAUCAUCCCAUUUCCAAAGAAUAUUUGUCAUAUCAAAUAUUCAAACAAAACAUUGAUGUUUUGGCCAAGUACUCGAUGAAGAACUUAAAUGUAUUCAAGUUUUUGUAUGAUAAUGGCUUCGAUCUUGAGAAUUUCUACUUCGAAAAAUAUGGAAAUAAUUUUUACGAUCAAUUCCAUAUCAAUUCGCAAGAAUUGCGUGAUGCUAGGCCAGAAUUAGCAGAUGCAUUUAAGAUUGUCCUUGAAAAAUGCACUGAUGAGGCAAAAAUUUUAAAUCAGUAUCUUGUCAAGGUUUUGAAGAGUGGAAACACAUAUUUAUUGGAAUCUUUAAAGAAUCUGAAGAAGUUCAAGAAAGUUCUCAACGAUUUUGAUCGAGAUGGCUUUUUAUUAAAAUUUAAUUCGACUUUAUCAACAGAAUUCAUUGGAAAGAUGUUCGAAAUGAUGUCUGGAAAUCAUUAUGAUCCUCACAAGUCUCUCAUCCAUAUGGUUUGCAGGAGAGCUCUUCGUUUUGACCAUAUUGACACGAUUUAUUCAUUUUAUUCUGAAAAGAAUUGUUUGGAUUUCAGAAGUAACACUCCAUUUUAUUUGUUGGUUUCGUGCAGGAAAUAUGAUCUCGCCUUGCAAAUCCUUGAGAAGUAUUUUGCUGAAAUUGACUUGAAUGUCAAGAAUUCGAAAGGAAUGACACCUCUUUUACUUGCAGUAAUUAAUUACAGAAAUGGAAAUCGAAGACUCUAUGACUUGAUUUAUUUAAUGGUUAAAUAUGGAGCAGAACCAGAAAUUCAGUCAGCACAUGGAGUUACUGCAAUUAGUGUUAUCAAAAACACAAACAGGAAAUCUGAUUUACAUAAACUAUUUCCUGGAUAUUUUGAUAAUUGA